GAGAACGAGCACACACCGCAUUCCAGCUGGGCAAAGGCACAAGUCGUGGCCAAUAUCAAUUAUACGCGGACACUUUUGUAUUUCACACCCUCCCCGUCAUAAUCAUCCAGCAACUGAUCCACCCAACACAGUCCACGGCCACCCAACACAAUCCACGGACACCGCGAGUGCACAUCAGUCCAUCCUCUACCCCCACAUUGCCAACCUGUGCUCUUGAACAGUAUUGCAACGAGCCCAUGUCUCGCGCAAAUCUGCUUCGGGAAUAUCGUAUCGUUGUUGUCGGAGGUGGCGGAGUUGGCAAGAGCGCACUGACAAUCCAGUUCAUCCAGUCACACUUUGUCAGCGAGUAUGACCCGACAAUCGAGGACAGCUAUCGCAAACAAUGCGUCAUCGAUGCCGAAACUGCUAUCCUCGACAUCCUCGACACAGCCGGUCAGGAAGAAUAUUCGGCCAUGAGGGAGCAGUAUAUGCGUAACGGCGAUGGAUUUCUCCUGGUCUACAGCAUCACUUCUCGGAGCAGCUGCGACGAAGUCAAGGGAUUAUACAACCAGAUCCUGCGGGUCAAGGACCGAGACUGGUUCCCAACCGUGCUCGUGGGCAACAAAGCUGACUUGGAGGACGACCGUCGGGUCUCUGUGCAAGAAGGCCGCGACCUUGCCAAACAGUGCGGCAAUACCGUCUUUAUGGAGACCAGCGCUCGGACUCGGGUGAAUGUCGACGAAGCCUUCCAUAGCCUCGUCAGAGCGAUCCGAGAAGAAAACAAGAAGCGAGUUGCUAAUACAGCCUCGGCCAGCACCGGGAAUCUGUCGACUGCAAGUGCCCGGGAGCGAAAAAAGUCAAAAAAGUGCAGCGUCCUCUGAGCUGCGGCCCCUCGUCCGACCCAAUGCGGAGACAACCAGGCCGCUGGGCCGUCCAACAAGACAGAGGUGCAAACAUCCGAAAGUAAAUCGUGCACCGCCACUGGGUAUCAUCGAAGCCAAGUGCUCCGGAAUGCCCGGGCACAAACUAUCGUGUUGGCAUAGCCUGCAGCGAAC